GGUUUGGAUAAAACGGGAGGAAAUUAAAGGUGCCAAAGGCGUCCGUGCAAAGGCGCCCACCUGUACAAAUUUUACCAUUCAGAAUUCUCUAGACUGACGUUAUCCUUAAUUUGGCAAGUCAGCUGUACCUGUUCCCAACUUGACUUCCAGUGCAGAUCGAAGAUCGAUCGAUCGAUCGAUCGUGGUAAUCUGUAUGUAUGUAUAUGAAGCAGACUACAGCAGCAGCAGCAGCAGCAGCAGGAGGAUGAGGUUGCAGCUGCGAAAGCUGAUGAAAUAGUUGUAGUAACCGAUCAAGGGAGUACUAUUGCUACAGCUGCUACUACAGCAACAAUAUUAAUGGCGUCAAAUUAUAUCAGUACCGGCGCCGGUGAAAAAUCGACGAGAACAUCAGAAGAAUCAUCAUCAGCAGGAGGGGAUGACUUCAUCCCCAGAGUAUCUCAAGAGUUGAAGGAUGCUCUUUCAAAGCUGCAACAGACGUUUGUCGUUUCGGAUGCCACCAAACCAGAUUGUCCCAUAAUGUACGCCAGCAGUGGCUUCUUCGCUGUCACCGGUUACUCUUCUAAAGAGGUCAUUGGAAGAAACUGUCGCUUUCUUCAGGGACCUGAAACAGACAUGAAGGAAAUUGCUAAAAUACGAAAUGCUGUCAAAACCGGGAAAAGCUAUUGUGGCAGGCUAUUGAACUACAAGAAGGAUGGCACUCCCUUUUGGAAUCUUCUAACAAUCACUCCCAUUAAGGAUGAUGAUGGAAAGACAAUCAAAUUUAUUGGAAUGCAGGUAGAGGUCAGCAAACACACGGAAGGUGCUAACGAGAAGGUGCUGCGGCCAAAUGGAAUGCCGAAGUCAUUAAUCCGCUACGAUGCACGUCAGAAGGAAAGUGCUUUAGGUUCUAUUACUGAGGUUGUUCAGACUCUCAAGCAUCCACGGUCACGUGUUCAAGCUAUGAGCAAUGAUAUUACUAUCAGGAAUGAGGAGAAAAAUAUGAUGAAUCACGAUUAUUUUCCUCUUCAGCCUGGUGAAAUUGAGAAUCUGGGGAUACCUUGUGGACAGCCUCCUCAAUUUGAUCCUAAAAGUGACUCAUCUCUCACUUUUGAAAAACGUGCUCAGAAAUCUAGAAAGUCAGGACGCAUGUCUUUAAUGGGGUUUAAGGGGAGGUCUCAAAGCUUUGCUUGGGAGCAUGAGCAUCAACUCAGUACUGAACCAGAGCUUUUGAUGACAAAAGAAAUUCAACACACUGACAGCUGGGACCAUGCUGAAAGAGAAAGAGAUAUACGUCAAGGGAUAGACCUUGCAACCACACUGGAACGCAUUGAAAAGAAUUUUGUGAUAACAGAUCCUAGACUUCCUGAUAAUCCAAUUAUAUUUGCAUCUGAUAGCUUUCUUGAAUUGACGGAGUAUACGCGCGAAGAAAUUUUGGGGAAGAACUGUCGAUUUCUUCAAGGUCCUGAAACUGAUCAAGGAACUGUCUCCAAGAUAAGAGAUGCUAUUAGGGAACAGAGAGAAAUCACAGUUCAACUGAUUAAUUACACCAAGAGUGGGAAAAAAUUCUGGAAUUUAUUUCACUUGCAACCGAUGCGUGAUCAAAGGGGCGAACUUCAGUACUUCAUUGGUGUCCAACUAGAUGGAAGUGAUCACGUGGAACCCCUAAGAAAUCGACUCUCAGAGAGUACUGAGCAACAAAGUGCUAAGUUGGUCAAAGCUACUGCAGAAAAUGUUGAUGAAGCUGUUCGAGAACUUCCUGAUGCCAACCUGAGACCAGAAGAUCUCUGGGCUUUGCAUUCUCAGUCUGUCUUGCCAAAGCCUCACAAAAAGGAGAGUAGUUCUUGGAUUGCAAUACAAAAGAUUGCGAUACAUGGUAAAAAUAUUGGCCUAAAUCAUUUCAAGCCCAUAAAACCAUUGGGUUGUGGUGAUACUGGAAGUGUUCACUUGGUGGAGCUGCAAGGUACGGGUGAACUGUAUGCUAUGAAGGCAAUGGACAAAUUUGCAAUGCUGAACCGUAACAAGGUUCACCGUGCAUGCAUUGAAAGGGAAAUCAUUUCACUGCUGGAUCAUCCUUUCCUUCCAACGUUGUAUGCUUCUUUUCAGACUUCUACACAUGUUUGUUUGAUAACCGAUUUUUGUCCUGGUGGGGAGUUGUUUGCAUUGCUUGACAAGCAACCUAUGAAAGUAUUUAAAGAGGAAUCUGCAAGGUUUUAUGCAGCAGAGGUUGUUGUUGGCUUGGAAUAUCUGCACUGUUUAGGAAUAAUUUAUCGGGACCUGAAGCCUGAAAAUGUGUUACUACAAAAGGAUGGGCAUAUUGUAUUAACAGACUUCGACCUAUCAUUUAUGACAUCCUGUAAACCCCAAGUUAUAAAACAUCCAAUACCGAAAAAUAGAAGAUCUAGGAGUCAACCACCACCAACAUUUGUUGCAGAGCCAGCUACAGAGGCAAAUUCAUUUGUUGGAACUGAAGAAUAUAUUGCUCCGGAAAUUAUUACUGGAGCUGGCCACAGUAGUGCUGUUGAUUGGUGGGCUCUUGGUAUAUUGUUGUUCGAGAUGCUGUAUGGCCGCACACCUUUUAGGGGAAAGAACAGGCAGAAGACAUUUGCAAACAUCUUGCAUAAAGAUCUCACCUUUCCAACUAGUAUUCCGGUAACUCUUGCUGCCAGGCAAUUGAUUCAUGCAUUGUUGAAUAGGGACCCUACAUGUCGUUUGGGAUCAAGUAGUGGUGCUAAUGAAAUCAAACAACACCCUUUUUUCCGUGGAAUUAACUGGCCUCUAAUCCGCUGCAUGAGCGCACCCGCAUUAGAUGCACCUCUCCAAUUAAUUGGAAGAGAUCCCAAGGCCAAAGAUGUACAAUGGGAAGAUGAGGAUGGUCGGCCCAUGGAAAUCUUCUAGGUGAUUGAAUGGCAAGUAAUAUGGCGAAGUAGAUGUAAAUAGUCUAGCUUUUUGCUCAUUCUAAGUGCCUUCUUCCCUCUUAAGAUGUUUGUAGUGGGACAGGGCCCCUGCAAGGCAGAAAACUGCAAAUGUGUAGUCCUAAUUUUUCAGUUCAAUCCGUCUUGGUUGGAGUAACUUUUUCUGAACCUGACAAUCACCUCCUAUAUUUUUGACAACUGUUAAAAAAGCUCCUGAGAUUAUAAUUUUAUUGUUCACUUACUUUUUUCCCCCUGCAUGUCAUUUUAGGGGAUUUCUGAUAGUUGUCAAACACUCAACGAGUAGAGUGUUGUGUUUAGAAAAAUCAAGCAGUGUCUGAUGCUUAUUUUUACUAUGCAAAUUACAGAUGCUGAGUGGCACCGAACAAGAGUGUCGACAUAAUUGUUAUUGGUUACGUUUCAUUGUCAUGUAUUUGACAUGUAUAUUUAUAAAUUGCCACGUUCUUCUAUUUAUGCAA